UUGUCCCCAGCUCUUCACAAGCAGACUUCACAGGGGACACAACGACAUGAAGACUGUGGCUGCCCUCCUCCUCGUGGGGAUGCUCGUCCUCUGGACAGAGCUGCCAGCAGGCAGCGCGUGGUCCUGCCCAGUUGUGCGGAUUACCUGUGCGAUGGCCAACCCCCCGAACCGGUGCUACGUGGACCAGCAUUGCCCCCGGGGCCAGAAGUGCUGCAUGUCGUUCUGCGGGAGGAGAUGCCGCUCUCGCCCGCCUGCUGUCCCCGUCUACUACG